UGUGUUUGCACGCCAUGGAUCACACGCUGUUCGGGUGCCUGCGGAGCCCCCACGCCCCGGCUCAGGCCCUGCAUCCCGCCUUCACCCAGUCUCCCCUGACUCUGCACGGACGCUCGGACCACGUCUCCUACCCGGACUUGGCCUCUUCCUCCUCCUCCUCCUCCACCUCCUCGCCCUCUCCCUGCAUCAUCUCCAGCUACCCCGUGGACGACGGCCUGUUUCCCGGGCAGCACCACCACCACCACCACCACCACCACCCUCACCGAGGCCACCUGCCCUCGCAGCAGCAUCACCACCCGCCUCAGCACCACGCCUCAUGGCACGUCCCACAGAUGCCGUCACCUGGCGGGAACACGCGCCACAACCUUUGCCACCCGCACUCCCACUCCACCCAUGACAGCGGGCCCUCACCCGCUGACAUGGGCCACCCCGGGGGGCCCAGUAUGUGCGCCAGCACCCCAAGUCUGGGCAUCGGCAGCACCCCUACGGGGGCCUCCUGUGUGCCUGCAGACUUUGGCAGACAGACUCUGUCACCUGCUGAGGCCGAGAAGAGAAACAGCAAGAGGAAAAGUGACAGUUCAGAGUCCCAGGACGGGAAUUACAAGUCCGACGUGAGCAGCAAACCCAGGAAGGAGAGGACGGCGUUCACCAAGGAGCAGAUCCGAGAGCUGGAGGCCGAGUUCGCCCACCACAACUACCUAACCCGACUAAGGCGCUACGAGAUCGCUGUCAACCUUGACCUCACUGAAAGACAAGUGAAGGUGUGGUUCCAGAACAGGAGGAUGAAGUGGAAGAGGGUGAAGGGCGGCCAGCAGGGGGCGGCGGCUCGAGAGAAAGAACUGGUGAAUGUGAAAAAGGGGACGCUGCUGCCGUCAGAGUUCUCCGGCAUCGCGGCGCUCCACCACUCCACGGACUCCUUAGCCAACGAGGACAGUCACGACAGCGACCAGAGCUCCGAGCACGCUCACUUAUGAUGCACAAC